CAUCGGUGCUGAAUACUGGUGUUAUGCCGUCGAUGAUGACGAUGGUGAUGAUGAUGAUGAGGAGGAGGAUGAGGAUGAGGAUGAUGAGGAUGAGGAUGAUGAUGAUGACGAUCUGACUCACUGUCUCCCAAAGUCUUGCUCUCAUCAACGAUCGUAUGGAGUGACCAAGAGAAAACGAGGGUUCAGUAGCACUGUAGAUCACGACCAAAAGCUCGCAGGGUUCGGGGCCUACGUAGUGCGGUACCAUCAGCCUCAUGUACUCAAGUUUGCAUUGGCGGAAUUGGAGCUGAAUAACGCCGGCACAGAAAGUGAAGAUCCACACACCGAUGACAAUGUCGCCGGCACAGAAAGUGAAGAUCCACACACCGAUGACAAUGUCGCAACCGAGAUAGGAACUGUCAACCGUCGCCAACCAGGCUCAGUAGGGAUCACACGAUCCCCAUCCUCUAAAGGGGCGAAAACCGUGCAGCAAGCAGCAAGCAAAAAAGAUACGAGCAUAUUUUGGCCUCCACCCACCACAGAAGACCAUGUCUCCUUAUGCAGUGACGAGCGGGAUGCUCCAAAUCUCCAACAAGAGCCAUACCGGACAGGAGGCACCUCUGAAUA